GCGAUGGAGAUUAAGGCAGGGGCUUUUUGUCAUUUGUGCGAGACAAGCCAUUCAUCCAUCCCGUUCUCAGCCAACAAAAAAAGGCUGCUCCCAGAAAUUAGCAGUUUCAGCUCAGCAGCAAAGCCGUCGGGCUGUGAAGGCACAGAGAAAUUGACUAAUUAGCAAUGCGCACUAAAACUUGACGGUUCUCUCCAUAACGGCGAGGCAGAAAAAAAAGAGUCGUUUUUUUUCCCUUCUAUCUCACUCUUUUUUGUCUUUUCUCCUUUUUUUUCCUCCCCUCUCUCCAUAGAUGUUUGAAAUCGCAGUCAUUUACGCUCGACAGUUUUUACAAUAGCCUUGAGCCAUAAUUUUGCCCGUCUCUCUAGCAUCCAUAGCCCUGCAUGGUCUCUCUCCGCCGGCCAUGCGCGACCGUUUCUCUCCCCAACCGUGGAUUUCCUAUUACUCUCGUUACGACUCACUGAGCCCCAGGCCCAAGGAUAAUGAUGUGUUGUUUCUUGGUAGCAUAAUUUGUCACACGUAUAUUUCUUCUUCUUCUUCUUCUCUUGCAGAAAGCACGGCUCUCUCACUCUCUCUCUCAGCACUCAGCACACUUCUUAGUUUAGUUUAAUUCAGCCGCACGCGUAAUCAAAAAAAAAGAAAGAAAGAAAAAGAAAUACGCGGCUUUGCGCAUCGAGUCUAUAGCCAGACUUUAAGAAGAAAAAAAGAAGAAGAAAAGGAAAGGACGAGAACAAAGACAAAGUGCUGUGAGGAUACACACAUCUUAAGGAUCUGGGGAUACUUUGUUUUCUCCUCUUAAACUCAAGGAGGUGCGAGCGGCUCCCAAGUCAUGUCCAGAUCGGGCGACCGAACGUCUACGUUUGACCCAACACACAGCGACACGCUGCUGCACGGGCUCAACCUGCUGUGGAGGAAGCAGCUCUUCUGCGACGUGACCCUCACAGCUCAGGGACAACAGUUCCACUGCCACAAAGCCGUGCUCGCGUCCUGCUCGCAGUACUUCAGAUCCCUGUUCUCUGCGUCACACGCGCUCAGCAAUGAGCCGCUCGCCGGAAAAGAUCAAAGCAGCGGCGGAACCCCGUCUUCCUCCCCGGAUGAGAAGCUCCUGGCCAGCCCGCGCUCGAUCAGCAACUUGGUGCUGCAGGGCUGCUCGUCCAUCGGGCUGCGCUUGGUGCUCGAAUACCUGUACACGGCCAACGUGACGCUCUCGCUGGACACGGUGGAGGAGGUGCUCUCGGUCAGCAAGAUCCUCAACAUCCCACAGGUCACCAAGCUGAGCGUGCAGUUCCUCAACGACCAGAUCUCCGUCCAGAACUACAAGCAGAUCUGCAAGAUCGCCGCGCUCCAUGGCCUGGACGAGACCAAAAAGCUGGCCAACAAGUAUCUUGUCGAGGAUGUGCUGCUCCUCAACUUCGAGGAGAUGUGCGCCAUGCUGGACGCGCUGCCACCGCCCGUCGAGUCCGAGCUAGCUCUGUUCCAGAUGUCCGUCCUGUGGCUGGAGCACGACCGCGAGACCAGGAUGCACUACGCGCCGGACCUGAUGAAGCGCCUCCGCUUCGCCCUCAUCCCGGCUCCUGAGCUGGUUGAGCGGGUGCAGUCUGUAGACUUCAUGAGAAGUGACCCUGUGUGCCAGAAGCUCCUGCUGGAUGCCAUGAACUACCACCUGAUGCCCUUCAGGCAGCACUGCAGACAGACAACAGCCAGCAGAAUCCGUUCCAACAAAAGGAUGCUGCUGCUAGUUGGAGGUCUGCCUCCAGGACCCGACCGCCUCCCCAGUAAUCUAGUGCAGUACUACGACGACGAAAAGAAAACAUGGAAGAUCCUUACAAUAAUGCCUUACAACAGCGCCCAUCACUGUGUAGUAGAAGUGGAGAACUUUCUUCUGCUACUGGGUGGAGAGGACCAGUGGAACCCGAAUGGCAAACACAGCACUAAUUUUGUAAGCCGAUACGACCCGAGAUUCAACAGCUGGAUCCAGCUGCCUCCCAUGCAGGAAAGGAGGGCGAGCUUCUUUGCGUGUUGUCUCGAUAAACACCUUUACGUCAUUGGAGGAAGGAACGAGACUGGAUACCUGUCCAGCGUGGAGGCGUAUAACCUCGAGACUAACGAGUGGAACUAUGUUUCUUCUCUUCCACAACCUCUCGCGGCUCACGCCGGCGCCGUCCACAAUGGAAAGAUCUACAUUUCGGGUGGCGUCCACAAUGGCGAGUACGUGUCCUGGCUGUACUGCUACGACCCGGUGAUGGACGUGUGGGCCAGGAAACAGGACAUGAACACUAAACGUGCUAUACACGCACUCGCAGUCAUGAACGAUCGCCUUUAUGCUAUUGGUGGAAAUCACUUAAAAGGAUUCUCUCACCUGGACGUGAUGCUGGUGGAAUGUUAUGACCCUAAGGGAGAUCAGUGGAACAUCCUGCAGACACCCAUCCUGGAGGGCCGCAGCGGUCCCGGCUGUGCCGUGCUGGACGACAGCAUUUACUUGGUCGGAGGCUACAGCUGGAGCAUGGGAGCCUACAAGUCGUCCACCAUCUGCUACAGCCCCGAGAAAGGAACGUGGACCGAACCUGAAGGCGAAGUAGCAGAACCUUUAGCUGGACCUGCGUGUGCCACCGUGAUACUCCCAGCCUGCCUGCCGUUUAACAAAUGACAGAUAACUGUGUGAAAAUAAGCCCUUAGGAUGGACAGAAAGGCCAUCGCUAAACAAAACGAUGCAGACUGUCUAGACGGACGGAUCGCGUAGGAGGUGUACAAAUUAUUUUUUUACACGUCUGACGAGAGCACUUUCUUUCCUUCUUUCCUUCUUUAAUACUUAAAAAAGAGAAACACAAUUUGCUUUUAUGUGUGUUGACAUUCAAACCUUCGAUCACCUUUCCCUUCUUUUUUCUGUUCCUUCUCGAUAUCGCACGCAUAACCGAUAUAGCUUCCAUUUGUACUUUGUAUUUUGUGAAGAAGACAAAAAAAAAAAAAGAAGAAGAAGAAGAACAUUAUUCCGAGCUGAUGCAAUGUUGGAAAUUUGAAAUGUGUUUUAUGUCCUGGAACGAUUCAAAAAAACGAAUCGAAUUGUUUUUUUAUUCUAGACGAAACUCAUGAAUCCCGUCGUAAAACACUGUAGAAUAGAGAAGUGUUCACCACGCUCCUGCUUGUUAAAUAUCGUAGCCAUACUGUAAACGGUACAGCGGAUGUACAGAGGACGAAGGUGGAACUAAGUAGUCAUAAAUUAAGCUCCUCUAAUAUAACACAGACGAGGACAAAAAUGGACGAACAAUCAAAAAAUAUAUAUAUAUUGUUUACCGAGCCAUGUGCCGUGUCUGCAUGGUCUUAACUAAGAACCUUAUGUUACGCUUUUAUUUCUUUUUCCCUUUUUCUGUCAGAUAUUACCUGUUAAUGUUUAACAGUGCCUAUUUCUAAUCCUAGGUUCAUUCGUUCUCAUAUAUUUUUUUUUAGACAAUAGAAGAACGCUGUCCAGAAUCGGUUCAGCAAUAAAUUUGACACAUUUGACCUAAACUAAAGAAAUAAAUAGAUAGAGAUUUAAAUGAAGAAAUAAAUAAACUCCAAUGUUUCAAGAUUUGCAGAGCAGCACUGUUAGCGUAGCCGUCGUCCCGAUCGAUCCGGAGAGGUAUCUAUGUUUAUUUUCAUUCCUGUAAAUAGUCUCUUGCGGUGAAACAUUUUUGUGCCAUGGGAUUUAUUAUCAAAUCCUGUUAUGUUAUUAUACAUUUUAAACGAUGAAAAAUAAAAUGGAAAUUCUGGAUUG